CAGCGCUCGUUCGUAUAUGCGAUUUUCCUCCCGUUUAACGUACGCAUUUUCGUUAAGAAAUUAAUAAUGUAAAAAGGCUCGUGUGUUAAUAAAAAAAUACAAGUUCUGCCGAUAAACAUACACCAAAUUUAUAAAAUUUAUCGGAGAUUUUGAACUUGUUACGUUGACCUCUAAGUAAGAAAAGCGAAUUUAUAAAUAGUGAUAGUGUUAUAAUAGUGUGUGUGUGUGUGUGAGAGUGUGGAAUUGACAGUGUACGUAACGCGUUUACGUAAAAUAACGUGUUUUCCGUGGAUUCGUUAAGGGUGGUGAGAAUUUUGAAAAUUUGGUUUUUGGAAAAAUGGCACCCGAAAUUGCGAACGAGCAUCCUCCAUCUUGCGAAGAAAACGCUUCUUCUGAGAUAAGAGAAAAAUGCAGCGAAUUGAUAUUAGACAACGAAAAGCUGCGGAAAUUAAUGAAGAUUUUCCUGGAGAACGUUGAUAGAGGUUUGAGGAAAGCCACCCAUCCGAAAGCCGUCGUGAAAUGUUUUCCCACAUAUGUACAAGACCUACCGAACGGCACGGAAAACGGAAAAUUCCUGGCCCUCGACCUCGGAGGCACCAACUUCAGGGUGCUGCUGAUCGAGCUGAGCGGCGAGCACUUCGAAAUGAAGUCCAAAAUCUUCGCCAUACCUCAGCACAUCAUGCUCGGAUCGGGAGAGCAACUCUUCGACCACAUCGCCGAAUGUCUGGCAAUUUUCGUGAAAGAAGAACAAGUGGCCGAUCAGAAGUUACCGUUAGGCUUCACCUUCAGCUUCCCCCUGUCUCAAACCGGUCUAACGGUGGGAUACCUUGAACGGUGGACCAAAGGUUUCAAUUGCUCCAACGUCGUGGGAAAUGACGUCGUGCAAAUGCUCAACGAGGCCAUUGACAGGCGAGGAGAUGUUCAAAUCCAGAUUUGCGCUAUUUUAAAUGAUACGACGGGCACGUUAAUGUCCUGCGCUUGGAAAAAUCACGCUACAAGGAUCGGGUUGAUUGUUGGUACCGGUUCCAACGCUUGCUACGUAGAGAAGCAGAAGAACGCGGAAACGUGGAAGGACGUCGAUAUGGGUUCGGGCAACGUCCUGAUCAACCUGGAAUGGGGCGCUUUCGGCGACGACGGAGCCCUGGACUUCGUCAGGACCGAAUACGACGAGGACAUCGACAGGAAUUCGGUGAAUCCCACCAAGCAAAAACACGAAAAGAUGAUAUCUGGGAUGUACAUGGGGGAAUUGGUGAGGCUGGCGUUGGAGAGGUUCACGAAAGAGGGGCUCCUGUUCGGAGGUAAGGGCUCCGAUAUGCUGUUCGAACGCGGAAGGUUCUACACCAAGUACGUGUCGGAGAUCGAAAGCGAUCCGCCGGGCGUGUUCAACAAUCUCAGAGACAUUUGCGAGGAAUUGGGUUUGAAACACGCCACCGAGCAGGAUUUCAUAAACAUCCGGUACAUUUGCGAGUGCAUAUCCAGACGUUCGGCGAAUUUGGUGUCGGCCGGUUUGGCUACGUUGCUGAAUAAAAUGGGCGAGAAGAAAGUCACUAUAGGUAUAGACGGUUCCGUGUACAGGUUCCAUCCGCACUUCCACAAUUUGAUGAUGGAGAAAAUCAAAGAAUUGGCCGAUCCGAGUAUAGAAUUUGAUCUGAUGUUAUCGGAAGACGGAAGCGGUCGCGGUGCCGCUUUGGUGGCUGCUGUCGCUGCGCGACUUCAGAAAGAGGCCGUUCGGACAUAACACUCGUCCGACGUGCCAGCUACUUAUUAAAAGUCGAACUCGAUAGUUUAUUUUCGUUUCCGAGGGGGUUCUUAAUAGACUGCAUUUUGUAUAGAUGUAAAAAAAAGUAAUUCUAACGGGAGGAAAUUUCGCCCUUUUUGUGCGGGGGUUGAUCACGUGUAAGUCUUAUAUGGGUUUUGAUAUUUGACAGUUGACAUUUGACGCUAUCAAAUUUUUGACUGAACUCCCCAGAUAAGGCGUCCUACAUGUGAUUGAAAUUGUUUUUUUUUUGUUGCGAAUUUUUGGUUGAAAAUUGUUAAUUUUUAAAGUUUAACAAACUGCGGUUAAUUAAUUGUUAUUAAUUAGGAUAAAUUAGAAGAUUGUUAUAUACAGAAAAUGAAAACUUAAUUUAAUUUACUUAUCAAUAUAAAAAAAAUAUACUCGUCUAAGUUGUAUUUAAUAUGAAUUGUACGAGGAAAUUUAAAGGAGAAGCUACUUAAUUGUUUGUUAAUUGUAUUUUCUUGUGAAUUUUCGUGGGGUUAUUUUAUUUUAUCAAUGAAAUAUUGGAUAUUUAUUUAAAUUUGCAAUUUUUUUUGUUAACUUUAUUGUGAUUGUUACGUAUUGCCUUUAGGAAAUGCAUUAAGGACAAUAUCGUUUCUAUUUUUGGUAGAUAACUUUCAUACAACAAUGAGGAUGUGAUUGAAAAAGACUAAGAGUCUGAAAAUUAAAUCAAAUUUAAUAUUCAGACUAUAGUCAAUUGAAAUUCUUUUAUAUAUGUAUAUAUUCUUGCUUAAUUAAAUAUAGUACUUAAAAAUC